AGGAGCACGUGGAGGGCAUUCUGACCAAUCGAUUUGGUUUGGUCCAAACCAAAUCUGUUUCUUUUUCUUCCUUUGUAGUUUGUAGUAAUCACUCAAUUCAAUUACAUAACAUUACUGGCAAGUGAAGUUUCAGUUCAUGGAGUCUGUUAUUCCUCGAUGCUUUCUUCCAUUUCCAACUCCCACUGCAAACUCACGAAAGGCGUAUGUCGUUAAAUCGAGUCACCAAAACGAGGGCACUGCUCCGGUUCACACAAAGGAACUCCAAGUAACAGUUUCCAGGCGUCAUUGUCUCUCGUGUUUGUGUUCAACUCUAGUUUUGAUUGGUGAACACGCCACGCCUAUUUUUGUACCAAAGGCAAGUGCUGUGGAUGGGAUGAUGGAUAAACCUGUGUGCAGAAAUUGUUUGGGAAGUGGUGCUGUGCUUUGUGAUAUGUGUGGUGGUACAGGAAAAUGGAAAGCUCUAAACAGGAAGCGAGCUAAAGAUGUUUAUGAAUUUACAGAAUGUCCAAAUUGUUAUGGUCGAGGAAAGCUUGUCUGCCCUGUUUGUUUAGGAACUGGUUUACCAAAUAAUAAAGGUCUCCUAAGGAGACCUGAUGCACGGAAACUGCUUGAUAAAAUGUACAAUGGACGGCUACUUCCGAACUCUUAGAAGCCGUAAAUUUGAGUAAAACUGAGGCUUGACAAUGCUGCUUUUUGGCACAAUGAUUUGGAUGUUCUUCACCGGUUAACAAAGCCAGUGACUGCACUGGUAAUCAACUUCUAGCACAGAACAUACAGAGUAUUCUUUGCUUAUAUUUUUGGUCUGGCUGCAUUAGAGAACUUUAACCAUCGGCUUGGUUAUCCACCUAAUAGAUUUUUAUGGUUGUGUAUGAAAAAAGGUCCAUUAUUAGAUGCUACAGUUGUCCUAUUCAUGCCGAUCGAAUUGACUUACAAAAUCCCAUGUAGAAUGUAACAUUGAGUAAAUACUUCCAGCAAGAGAGUAGCUAUUCAGGUUCCUAUUUAGCUACCGGGUAAAUUUGUAAAUGUUCAUGCAACUAAGGUAUGAAAUCCUUAAAGAUGUUUAAAAACUAA